UCUUACUAUAAAAGCAUGUGCACAGGUGACGCCCGUCCUCAUUGGCCCUGCACAAGAAAGGACAGACAAGGAUAGAGCUCCACCAUGGUGCACAAAGUAGCAGUGAUCGGGGCAGGCCCCUCUGGUCUGACCAGCAUUAAGGCUUGUCUGGAUGAGGGCAUGGUGCCAAUCUGUUUCGAAAGCAGCGAUGAUAUGGGCGGACUAUGGAAGUUCAAGGAGGUUUCUGAUCCAAACAGGGCUAGCAUCUACCGCUCCCUUACCAUCAACAUUUCCAAGGAGAUGAUGUGCUACAGUGACUUCCCCAUCCCUGCUGAUUACCCCAACUACAUGCACCACUCUAAAAUCCUGAAAUACUUCAGGAUGUAUGCAGAACACUUUAAACUGCUGCAACACAUUCGCUUUCAGACAUCAGUGAAGAGUGUUAAACAGAGAUCAGACUUUUCCCGCACUGGUCAGUGGGAAGUGGUGACAGAGAACAGAGAUGGACAGGAGGAGAGGCAUGUCUUUGAUGCCGUCAUCUGCUGCUCUGGUCACUACACCUACCCUAACCUGCCGCUCAAAGACUUCCCAGGAAUUGAGACGUUUGAAGGCAAAUACUUCCACAGCUGGGACUACAAGGGGCCUGAACACAUGAUCGGGAAGAGAGUGGUGGUCAUCGGCAUUGGUAACUCAGGAGGUGACAUCGCUGUGGAGAGCAGCAGAGUGGCAGAGCAGGUGUAUAUGAGCACUCGUCGUGGCGCCUGGGUCAUCCGUCAGGUUUCCGACAACGGCCUGCCAGUGGACAUGAAGUACAACACGCGCUUUGUCCACAUCCUCUUCCAGCUGUUGCCCAUCAACGUGCUUAACUGGAUUGGCGAGAACAAACUCAACGCCAUGUACGACCACACCAUGUAUGCCCUCAAACCCAAACACAGACUCUUCAGUCAGAUCCCAGUGAUCAACGAUGACCUGCCGCUGAAGAUUCUGUCUGGGUCGGUCAUUAUCAAACCAAACGUGAAGGAGAUCCGUGGCUCCACCGUGGUGUUUGAUGAUGGCAGCAUUGUGGAAAACGUGGAUGUAAUCGUGUUCGCCACAGGCUACAGCUAUGAUUUCCCUUACCUGCCGAGCAAUGCUAUGUACAAGUCCGGGCACCGUGUGGGUCUGUACAAGCACGUCUUCCCUCCCAACCUGGAGCACCCCACUCUGGCUAUUGUGGGCUUCAUCCAUGCUCUUGGAGCCAUCAUGCCCCAGGCAGAGAUGCAAGCCCGCUGGGUCGCACGUGUCUUCAAAGGGAAGAAAAAGCUGCCCUCAAACCAGGCCAUGAUAAAGGCUGUGGAGCAAGACACCAAGGACAUUUCCAAAAACUACAUUGUGUCAAAGCUGACACCCCUGCAGGUGGACUUUGUUUCCUACAUGGAUGACUUAGCUGGGGAAGUUGGGGUGCGGCCCAGUCUCCUCUGGCUCUUCUUCACAGACUACACAAUGUUUAAGAAGGUUUUGUGGGGACCCGUCACUGCCUACCAGUACCGCUUGAUGGGACCAGGGAAAUGGGAGGGAGCCCGCAAAGCAAUCCUUACCCAGUUUGACCGCAUGUACCAGCCACUAAAAACCAGACAGCUGGAGGCACAAGAGCCCUCCAUCGCUGGCCGCCUGUUUAAGCUGAGCCUGACUGCCAUCGCUGGAGGAGCUGCUGUCUACUACAUCCAUGUGCGCAGCCCAGACACCAUCCCUACCCUGCUGUCCAAAAUCCGCCCACAAGCAGUCUAAACAUGCUGCAUCAAUCAAGCAAUUCGAAACAUGCUAACCAAACACUAUAUCUACUGCUUAAUCUAGUUCAGUUCACUCCUGAUAAGCUGGUGAUUAUGGCAAUGAUUAGAGGGGUCGCUGUCUGAGCUGUUGAUUAAUACUCCAGGUAUUCUAUUCAUUAGUCCAUCUAUUGCAUCUAUACAUUUAGUUUAUCUAAAUGCCUAAACUUUUUCCUAAAAAGAAAAGUGAUGCUGACAUGCAGCUAUUUACAUUAAAUAAAAAAUGUACAGGAGAUGUCACAAAUCCUGGUUUACAUUGUGUAUCUACACAAUUAUUCGCAAUUAACACAAACACUCAUUGCCAAUGAGGACUGCUGUCAGCAUCCAUUCUGUGCAGUAUCCUAGUCGUGGUUAAAUAUAGACGAAUAAAUGCUUACUAAUAGUAUAAAGGCAGAUUUAUACUUGUGCGUCAGCUCUAUGCAAAGCCUACGCCGUCGUCUAUGCACGUGACCCACGCUGUGUGGGCAUUUAUACUUGUGGUCUGUCUGUGUCACUCUGCAAUUACACCUCCAAACCACUAGUUGGCAUUCAGGUUUCUGUGAAGUGCUGUAAAGUUUAAUUGAUUAAAACUCACCCAAGCAAACAAGAGGAUCCAAACUUGGCUGUGCGUUCCAGUCCCCACAGUACCACACUAUAGAGUAUACCAGAGAAAGAUUUACAUGUCCCAGUACACGUAGGUGAGUGCAGUAUGCCAAAAAUACCAGGAUGUUCUACUACAUCUGGUCCGAUUUUGCAGUUUGCAAGCCAGCAUGCUUUUCUGGCUGUUCUGACCCACAGUCCUCUGCACAGCAGACGAUAUAUCACAUCAACUGAGCUGCAAACAGAUGACAGCUUGACUGCUGAUCGACAGCUGUCAGAAGUCGCAAUAAAGGAUGACAGUGGAUUCAAGUAACUGAUGACGAGAAGAAGAGUAAUGAUAGGAAUAUUGAUUGUCUAAGUUAACAAAAUAAUUGUAAAUAUUACAAACAACAACAGGACAUACCUAUAAAAAUAACCAGAGAUGGGACCAAGUCACACAUGUGCAAGUCUCAAGUAAGUCUCGAGUCUUAACCUUCAAGUCUCAAGUAAGUCCCAAGUCAUUUUUUCUUGGGCAAGUCAAGUCAAGUCACAGGUUAUGUCAAGUCAAGCCAAGUCAAGUCCAAGUCAAGUCACUUUAUUAUUGUAAUUUUACCUGCAGAAUCUGAUCUUAAUAAAGUGAAAAGACAAGAUAUAAGUAACUGUCAGUGAACAUCAUUGGCCAAUGUGUCCAACCUGUUUAAAAAAUAUGACAGUAAUUUGGAUUGGCAUUGUAAUUACUGAUAUUCAGUAAAAUACAUCAUGGAAUCAAACAAAACAGAAAUAACUUCAUAAAAUUAUUUAUUGAUGGCUUUCAGUCUAAACAAGAUCACUUCUGCCAGCAGUGUUUGAAAUAUUUUAGUUGCCAAGAAAAAAAAGGCAAACAUAUAAAAAUCUGAAAGAAUAAACCUGUUAUAGAGCAUCAGAAACAUCUGUAUGUGUUUCAGACUUCAUCGCUGCAAUGUUUACUUUGCAGGGACGACCCCCAUGCGCACACACACACACACACACACACACACACACUAACCAAGGCAGCGGCCAAAAUCUCCCAUUUAGCUCAUUUAACCCUGUGUUGCUCGUUCAUAAAACGUACAGCUGGUCUUGUGAUGAACCGGUCGAAAUGUUCGCUCACGUUUUCUGGGCUUAAUGUUAGCAAAUAAAUUAAAAAACAAGCCUCAGCCUGCGCUCCUACUGGGUAAUCAACAUUAUUUUUUAAAUUAAUUUAUUAAUUUUAUAUUCAAACUGAAAACAUGAUGUGAAUAACACUCAAGUCAUUCAAGUCAUCGUGUCUCAAGUCAAGUCAAGUCGCGAGUCUUUAACUUCCAAGUCCGAGUCAAGUCUCAGGUCUUUUAUUUUUUGUCAAGUCAAGUCACAAGUCAUCAAAACAGCAACUCGAGUCGACU